CCACCAGAUGAGGCCGAGCCAGUUAAAGUAUUGGAGUUGCUCCUGCCGGCAUACGAGACACUCUGGCGCGUGGUGCUCCUCACGUUUUUGUCAACUUUGUCCAUAGCCGGGUCACAGUUCAUCGCACAUUUCCUGAGCAGUCAUACUGUUCGUCACACCGGAAUAUGCGAGUGGUUGACCAUACAGCAGGAAGGACUUAGGCUGUAUCAAAUCAACAAAGCGUGUCUACCGCGCCGUCAACCAGACCAGUCGCGCUGCUCAAGCAUAAUUAGCGCGGACAUAGAAGCGGUGCACCUCGACCCAAACAUAUGGGGUCCCGAUGCACGGCAGUUCCGGCCAGAGCGAUUCACGAACCUAAUGAGGUUGCAAAAUGCAGCCUACCUCCCAUUUGGCACAAAGCCGCAUCGAUGCCCAGCCUAUGCAGGCUUCGGAGAGCGCUUGAUUGCUCUGCUGGUGACGGCUCUCUGUAGUCGUUUCCAUCCCAGUAGGGCGUCGGCGCGAUUCAAUGAUGCAUCUCUGGAUGGAGACCAAAGCGCAUCUUUACCGACUGGGAGAGCAGAUAUGCAAGAUUGGAGAUGGGUGCGCAAGUAA